AUGGUUUCUCGGCAAGAUUCAGUUGAUCCGAUCAACAUGCAUGAAGAACAGGGGGACAUUUCCGAUAUGUCAUUAGUCACUCAGGAGAAUACUGGUGUCGGUUCAUCACAACAACCCGAUCUUGAAGAUGUGAAUCAUCAGGCCAUAUCACUUUUACUUCCUCAAGAUUCUUUUGAUUCUUCCCAGAGUACUAUAAAAGAACAAACAUCAAAAGAUUCGUUCACUGAUCGCGAUGGUUCAGAUGAAGAAAUAUCUUCCGUUCCACGUGUUUCCAAUAUGAUUGAUGACAAAAUUUUAGAAAGCACUGUUGAACGGACCGAUGAUAAUGCAGAUGAACAAACCCUUCUUGGCAGACAAGGGAAGGUUUCAGAAAACGGUUCGCGGAACAACAAACAUGAAAACCAAAUUGGCGAAGUCUCACUUAUGGAGUCAGAGAUGGAUAACAUUAUAAACAAAUAUAGAAGGAAGAUGGAACAAGUCCUUAAUACUUCUCAUUCAGAGUUUGAUACUCAGGUGGAUAAGACAUUCGAUGAUAUGGAGAAUGAUGUCGACAAGAUCGAGCUGAAUAUAAUCAUCCGACUGGUCGACGAACAACUUAAAGAAGUCGUUCAAACAUGUUCCAAUCAUUUUAUUGAGAUCGAACGGAAUCUGAUUUCGGAGAUAGAAAGAUUAAAGGAACGCGAGCCGAAAAUCAAACGCGACAUUGACAUCGCUGUGGAGAAGAAAGUAAACAAGACGUUGGAACAUGACAAAAUUACCCAAGUGAUGUCUGGAAUUGAAUCUUUGAUCACGACCAAGAUGAAUGAAUGCAUCAAAGACGUCGGUAAAAAAAUCGAUCAGGUAGAAGAAAAACUCCAGGCACUCGAAAUCGCGAGUCCAGAGGAUAACAAUACUACCGAAAUAAUUACUGGCAUGGAAUGCAAGGUGAACAACUGGCAUAAUGACUUCGAUAAAAGAAUAACCAGUAUCGAGGAAGCCGGAUCUUCUAUUGAGAGAAAAUCUUCCGGCAUCGAAGCCAUGCUCAUGUCAUUACAAGAAAGUAUCGCACAUUUAAAAGAGAGCUUGCGGUCAUUGGUUGAGCAUCAAGUAGAAAGAUUGAUGAAUGUUGAAGUUGAAAAAUCAAAUAAACGAGUCAACGAAGUUUUUGACAAGAUCGAAGAGGUCGAAAAAGAAACGUAUUUGUUGAGAGAAGAUGUGGAAAAAAUAAAAUUCGAAAAGAAGCAGGAUAAUAUUGGUGACAAGUUUAAAGUUCAUGAUAAAAAAAUUGCUUCUGUUCGAGAAGAAUUGAAAAAACUUGAAAAUAAAUGCAAAGAACUUGAAAGUCAAUAUAUGAAAGUGCUCGAAACUAGAGCAAGCACGGAGGAAAAUGUGUAUUCAGUGGAGCAGCGGCUACGAGACGAAAUUAACGAAAGUUCGAAUGAGAUUGUGAAACGACUUGAAGAAGAUAGGGCGGCUAAGUGGAAACAGAUUGUCGAUGCCGUGAAGGAUGAAGCUA